CUCGGGCUUCUGAGGUGGGAAGAACGACGGCGCCAAGAUGGCGGCCUGCGGUUCCUGCGCGGCGGCGGCGCGGCUCCUCAGCGCGUCCCUCCCUUCGGCGCGAAGAGGUAUUACGUGUGGCCGUUCUUGUUUUCCAGUUUUAGGAAUAAUUGGGACUUUUGAAACUCAGUCUCUAAGGACUGUUCCCUUUAGAACUUUUUCAGAAACACCGACAUACUUUGCUUCAAAGGAUGGUGCAAGUAAAGAUGGUUCAGGAGAUGGCACUAAGAAAACGGCUGGUGAAGGCAAUAGUAAAAAGUCUGGUGCUGGAAGCUCUGGGAAAGGUGGAAACCAGCUGCGUUGCCCAAAGUGUGGUGACUUAUGCACACACGUCGAGACCUUUGUGUCCUCUACUCGCUUUGUGAAAUGUGAAAAAUGCCACCACUUCUUUGUGGUGUUAUCAGAAGCGGACUCCAAGAAGAGCAUCAUUAAAGAACCAGAGUCCGCAGCGGAAGCUGUGAAGUUGGCCUUCCAGCAGAAGCCACCACCUCCACCGAAAAAAAUUUAUAACUACCUCGACAAGUACGUAGUUGGCCAGUGUUUUGCCAAGAAGGUGCUUUCGGUUGCUGUGUACAAUCAUUAUAAGAGAAUCUAUAACAAUAUUCCUGCCACUCUGAGACAGCAAGCUGAAGUGGAAAAGCAGACUUCCAUAACGCCAAGAGACUUAGAAAUAAGAAGACGGGAGGAUGAGUACAGAUUUACAAAGCUGCUCCAGAUCGCUGGCAUCAGCCCCCAUGGCAAUGCUUUGGGAGCGUCGGUCCAACAACAAGUGAAUCAACAGAUGCCCCAGGAAAAGCGAGGAGGGGAAGUGCUAGAUUCAACCCACGACGACAUCAAGCUUGAGAAAAGUAAUAUUUUGCUGCUUGGACCAACGGGCUCAGGUAAAACUCUGCUGGCUCAGACUCUGGCGAAAUGCCUGGAUGUCCCCUUUGCAAUCUGUGAUUGUACUACUCUGACUCAAGCUGGUUACGUGGGUGAAGACAUUGAAUCGGUCAUUGCAAAACUGCUUCAGGAUGCAAACUACAACGUCGAAAAAGCCCAACAAGGAAUUGUAUUCUUGGAUGAGGUGGAUAAGAUUGGCAGCGUGCCCGGCAUCCACCAGUUACGGGACGUGGGAGGAGAAGGCGUUCAGCAAGGCUUAUUAAAGUUACUGGAAGGAACCAUAGUGAAUGUUCCAGAAAAGAAUUCCCGCAAGUUGCGUGGGGAGACUGUGCAGGUGGAUACAACCAACAUCCUCUUCGUAGCGUCUGGUGCUUUCAAUGGCCUGGAUAGGAUCAUCAGCAGGAGGAAAAAUGAAAAAUACCUCGGCUUUGGGACGCCGUCCAAUCUGGGGAAAGGCCGUCGAGCUGCUGCUGCCGCCGAUCUGGCCAACCUCAGCAGCGAGACCAACACACAGCAAGACAUGGAAGAAAAAGACCGCCUGCUGCGGCACGUGGAGGCCCGGGACCUGAUUGAGUUUGGCAUGAUCCCAGAGUUUGUGGGGCGCCUGCCGGUGGUGGUCCCCCUGCACAGCCUCGACGAGAAGACGCUGGUGCGGAUCCUGACGGAGCCCCGGAACGCUGUGAUCCCCCAAUACCAGGCCCUGUUCAGCAUGGACAAGUGUGAAUUGAACGUAACGGAGGAUGCUCUAAAGGCUAUUGCUAGGUUGGCUCUAGACCGCAAAACUGGCGCAAGAGGCCUUCGAUCUAUAAUGGAAAAGUUACUACUGGAACCCAUGUUUGAAGUCCCCAAUUCUGAUAUUGUAUGUGUGGAAGUCGACAAAGAGGUUGUGGAAGGGAAAAAGGACCCUGGAUACGUCAGGGCUCCAGCAAAAGAUUCUGCAGAAGAAGACUACGACUCGGGAGUGGAAGAGGAAAGCUGGGCUCGCCAAGCCGACGCCGCAAACAAUUAAAACCCUGUCGGAACGUCCUGCAGGAAACGCACUUAAAUGUUUUUGUUUGAUUCUUUAACAUUGGAUCUCUCCCGAAUACAGUACAUGGUCAGGAAAACCCUUGAUAAUGCUAACGGGAAACCGAUCAUGUCUUUCUUGUAACAUCACAUUGAUUUGCCCCCCUCCUGUGGACACUCGGACGUCGGCGUUGUAAUAUUCAGAAAUGAAUUGUGUACUAGUUUUUUUAAAAAAACAAACACACAAGAUAUUUUCUUUAUUUUUUUUCCUGCUGAGCCAAAAUGCCAGUGGGUUUCGGGGGACAUCGGAUCAACCCUUUCUCCCCUUCCCCUUGGCUAUCUACAAAGCGGAACAUUGGAGACUUUCCCCCCUUUUUAGGCGCACUGCAGAGAUAGAGCACUUAGCACAUUAGAUGUGUGUUUGUAACCUGCAAAACGUUCCUCCUCCAUUAUAUUUGAUUGCAACAGGUCUCCGUUGGGGAAUUUCUCAGCCUCGGUCAACUUUGGAUUUGGAAUAGACCCUUCAGAUAGCAAGGACAUAUUAAUGCAGCCAGUUAGAUUUGGUUAGGUACCAAUAGUCUUUGAGAAUGAUGAAAUCCAGUUUGGGAUGCUGUUGAACUUCGCUGUUCAAUGUGACAAAAUUCUGAUUGCCUUCCUAGCAUAAAACAGGGAGUAAUGGGAACUUUCUAUCCAAAGAUGGUGCCAGAGCUGUAAACGGAGCAAAAGUAAAUAUGGGGAGGGUCUUUGGGAAAGAUCUUAGGCUUUGCUGAAGUCGUCUUCUUCUUUUUUGCACUUGGAGACUUGAAAGUCCUUCCGUUCUACCCAAGCAUUUUCAGUUCUAGAACGGAGUGCAACUGUCCUUCCUCAGUGCUGUACUUGAGAACUUUGGCCCUUCAAAUCGGUCCUUGGAAGCUAACAUAUAUAUAAAUAUACAAAGCUAUUUUUUGGGGGGGGGGGGCUCUUUUUCAGUUUGAAUAUCAUAAAAUCACUCUUCUGUUUGAAACGCAGUGGGUGCUAGAGGGACGCUGUUACAUUUAUUAUGGAAACUGGGUGUCGGAGGCUUAAGGCAAGGACAGUGAUUUCAGGUUUGCCAGCUCUAUAAGCAAGCGGAGCUGUGCUCUUUAAUUACGACCCGAUUUUAGAGCAUUUUUGCACCACUUUCCUAAAACAGUGCAUUGAAUAAUUGGGUAUAAUACCAAAGGUUUCUCUUUAAUUAUAUGUAGGUUUGGAAGAAGAAAAAACAUGGGUGUUAGGAGAACAGGUGAACCCAGAACUCGCCACACCUUUCUCUGUGGAGAUAAAGGUCUACAGAAAGGAACAAGACCUUAAGAUAUCUAAAUACCAAUAUUUUAAUAUAGUACUUUUUACUGAAUGUACUGGAAACCCUCCUGCAUCAAUUUUUUGGUGCCAGAUAUUUUUUCCCCCCAGGAGACCUUCUUAUAACAUUAAGAAGUCCAAGAAAGUUAACAUAUAAUUGUAGAAUACUUUUUUUCCCUGUGUCAUCGCUUGUCAGCGUUUGCACAAAAUCCUAAUUUAAGUUAUACGAUUUAGACACCGGACCCUGCAUAUCGUUCAUUUUAAAUCUUUUAGCGAAGCAAAGAUUGCUUUGUUUUACAAAUCCUCUGAUCCUUUAGUACAGUAUUUGUAAAAAAAAACAGAAACAAAAAGGACUUGUAUGUUUUUGAUUUCCGAAAUUAAACUCUGUACAUAAAAUA